AUGAAGAACACUCUGGCAUUGGCCCUGGCUGCUGCUGGCCUCAGCCAGGUCUCGGCCACCUUCAUUGGUGCUCCCUCCUUCUCUUGCCCCGGCAACACCGACAAUCAGUGUACCGACAAGCAGGCUGCUGGUCUCGACUUCUCCGACCUCGUUGAUGGUGUAGUUGGCAGCUAUGGUGGUUUCACCUGGUCUGGUUUCACUUGCCAGUCUGGCUUCAACAAGCGUGACGAGCUCGGUGCCCGCACCAAGGUCUCCAGCAAGUGCAUUUCCGGAAGCGCCUCGAGCUCCAAGGGCUCCUCGCCCUCUUUCGGUUGCGAUGCCUCCUCCGGUGUCGACAAGACCAGUGUCGGCGAGUUCCACGUCUACCCCGAGUUCGACUGUGACCUAGAGUUCCACUACGACAUGCCCGACGGCUCGACUUGCAAGCACCGAUCUGCCUGCUCCUCGUCUGGUAGCAUUGUCAAGAACACCCAGUGCGGUGGUGCCAAGAACGUCACCAUUGUCUACCCUUCGCAGCCCAGCAAGCCCAAGCCUACCUGCUCUUUCGCCGUUCCCUCCAUCUCCUUCAGCUGUGGCAGCGCCAGCAGCACCAAGACUUACAGCACUCACGCCACCACCUCGACCAGCAAGGUUGAGACCACCACCACCAAGAGCCACUCCGAGACCGUCAGCACCUACUCGGCCUCCAAGCCUUCGUCGGCUCCUGGCUCCUCGACCUACUCUGUGACCAUUCCCGUCCAGACCCCUGGAUCCUCUUCUUACCCUGCCACGGUCCCAAGCAGCAGCAGCUCUGCCAAGACUACCAGCAGCAACGUUGCCGAGUCUUCGUCCACUGCCUCUACCUACCAGCAGGAGACCACCUCAUCCAAGGUCGAGACCACUUCUUCCAAGGUUGAGACCACUUCCAAGGUCGAGACUACUUCCUCCGCAGUUGAGACCACCUCCUCCGCCGUCGAGACUACUUCCUCUGCCGUCGAGACCACCUCCUCCAAGGUUGAGACUACUGCUUCUUCCAACGAGGCCACCUACUCCGUGACUGUUCCCACCACUUCGGCCACUGAAGUCACCACCUUCACCUCGGUCACUUCGUACCUGACCACUUCGACUGUCCUGACCACUGUCGUCUCCACCGUCACCUCUUGCGCCGAGACUGUCACCAACUGCCCGGCUCACUCGACUGUCCUUACCACUGCCAUUGUCCCUGUCACCACCACCGUCUGCCCGGUCACUGAGACUCUGACUCUGACUUCCAGCCAGCCCGUUGCUACCCAGCCCGGCUCCGCUGUUGAGUCUUCCUCCAACGCUGCUGUCACUCAGCCCAGCUCCGUGGUUGCCACUUCUUCCACCGUUGCCGUCUCCUCUGGCACUUCUCCUGCCGUCCCCGUCGAGACCCUGCCUUGCCCCGAUGUUGUUCCUUCUUGCCUGAACACCUGGAUGUUCAGCGUUGGCUGCAAGGACAACUCCGACGCCAGCUGCUACUGCCCCGAUGCUGCCUUUGUCGAGAACGUCUUCAGCUGCCUGUACGCCCACGGUGAGAGCGAUGAGGUUGUCUCCGAGGCUGUCUCCUACUUCCAGGGUAUCUGCGGUGCCUACGUUGGCCAGAACCCUGGCAUUGCCACUGGUGCCGAGACCAUCACCACCUACCUGACCGCCACCGCCACCGUCCCUGCCUCGGCUGUCUACACCACCAUUGUCGUUGAUGUUACCACCGUCGUUCCUUGCACCACUGACCUUGGCUCGACCAUCUCGACCAUUGCCAGCUCCAGCUCGACUGUUGUCAUCAGCACUGCCGUCACCGUUCCCCAGGUCGUCCUCACCACCGCUAGCGCUGGUGCCACUGACGUCGGUGUUGUGCCCGGCACUUACUCUGCUGUUGUCCCUACUACCGCUGCUGCCACUGCCACCAAGACUGGUGCUACUGCUCCCUACCCUACCGGUACUGGCAUCGGCAGCACUCUCAUCACUGCCCAGCCCACCGGCACUGGUGCCUACUCGACCAGCAAGACUGCCUCGGCCACCACUGCCCCCAUCGCCACUGCCGGCGCCACUCACAUUGGCUCCGGCCUCGGCUUCCUGGGUUUUGUCGCUCUGGCCUUUGCUCUGUAA